AUGGAGUUUUUGCUUCCAGUAUUCUUGAAAGUAUUCCCCAAUAUGUUAGCUUCUACUUUUCAGGACAAGAUGAAAGAACAGGAAGCAUUGAAAAGAAAGAUAAAUGCAAGAAUAGAAUACGUAAAGUUUCUUCAGGAUACAGUUAAAGAGAUGGCAAAAGAGAUCCAAAAUAGCAGGAGUGGAGAAGUUAAGAAAACAACAGAGGAUCUUGAUGAAUUUCUUAGCAAGGCAAGAGUGUAG